GGGCAGGGUGCUCUGGGUGCGUACCCCGGACACUGCGGAUGGCUAUUCGGAAAGGGAAGGCGGCCCCCGACGUCAUCACGAGUCGGAGGGCGUAUAUAAGUUGGGCGGGCCAGAAGAGUCCGCGACAUAUAGACUCUCUUCCUUCCUCUCCUUCUCGACCUUUACUCUCAAAUUCCUGCGGCUUCGCCAUAUUUAUACCAUGGCUCUCGGUCUCUCCUCCGCGCAAAGCAGCCGGCGUCCCUCUCCGCUGCGCCCAGGAGCCUCAUUCGCACGCGAGAACCCCGUCGCGCCCAUGGACGAUGAAGUGCAUCCCGUCAUCCACUCCGGCCGCGUCGCAGUCAUCACCGGCGCAGGCAGCGGAAUCGGACGCGCAGCCGCGAUCGAGCUCGCCAAGAUCGGGCUCAAGCUCGCGAUCGCAGACGUAGACGAAGCGGGCUUGCGCGCGACAGCCGCCGAGGUCGAGAAGAUCGUCGGCGAGGUCAACGUGCUCUCCGUCCCCACGGACGUGAGCAAGCUCGAGCAGGUCGAGCGUCUGCGCGAUAAGGUGUACGAGGCAUGGGGCGAGGUCGGCGUGCUCAUGAACAACGCCGCGGUCGGCGAGCCCAAGGGCACGUCCUGGAGCGGCAUCGAUAACUGGCACAAGAUGUUUGAUGUGAACCUGUUCGGCGUUCUGAACGUCCAGCACACGUUUGUGCCCAUGAUGCUGCACCAGGAAAACCCGGCCGUUAUCAUCAACACGGGCUCGAAGCAGGGCAUUACGAACCCCCCCGGAAACCCCGCGUACAACGCCACCAAGGCCGCAGUCAAGUCGCUCACGGAAAGUCUCGCCCAUGAGCUUCGGGAGACGCCUUCUGUCAACCUUACCGCGCAUCUGCUUGUCCCGGGCUGGACGUUCACCGGUAUGACGGGUGCGAAUGUGGGCAAGGAAAAGCCCGCGGGUGCGUGGUCGGCGCAGGAGACCGUCCUCUACAUGCUCGACAAGGUCCGUCAAGGACAGUUUUACAUCAUCUGCCCGGACAACGAGACCAGGCGCGAGGUCGAUCAGCUCCGGAUCAUGUGGGGUGCGGGCGACAUUGCAGAGGGCCGUCCUGCUCUUUCGCGCUGGCACAAGGACUACAAGGCGCUCUUCGAGGAGUACAUCCGGGACGGUCUCGAGCAGCUCGACUAGGCAUGCCCGAGUGCUGCUCGACGACAGUCGUCGGAGCAGCGUGUUUGUAUGAGAGGGGCGACGGACUGUCUGGUAUUUCAUGAAGAAGACAAAAACGGAAUUGUAGACUAGCUAUGACAUUUGUCAGUGCUUUCGGAUGGGCGGAUUGUGCCCUGUAUUCACCCAGUGCUUUGAAUAUACGCUCUGCAUUGUGCUGUAU